AUGUUGGAAUCUGAUGGUGAUAAAUUCUCUCUUCCCAUUAAAGAAUUGAGAACCGUGGUCCCAGCUAUUGGUGGAAGGGUUAAAGUAUUGGCAGGGGAAUAUUUUGGGAAAGUAGGUACUCUUAAAAAAGUGAAUUUUGAUCAGUACACCGCUCAAAUUGAGAUUGAUUCAUCGGGUAAUAGUUCGAAAUCUAUUAUUACUAAUCUUCCCUACGAACAAUUUUCAAAGAUUUAUGUAUAA